CAGGAGGUGUUUCCGGGCGGAAUGGACGCGGACGGGCUCCCGCUGGUGGGAUCAGGGAUCGACCUGCUCCGGGUUCCAGCCAUCCAGCAACAAAGGACUGUGGCAUUUCUCAACCAAUUUAUUGCACACACUGUCCGGUUUCUGAAUCGCUUUUCAACUGUUUGUGAAGAGAAACUGGCCAGUCUUACUUUACGUAUCCAGCAAAUUGAAACAACUCUCAAUAUUCUGGAAGCAAAGCUUUCAUCGAUACCUGGACUGGAAGAUGUAAAAGUAGAGACGAGCAACCAGGAUGCAAAUGGCCCAUCCUCCGUGACAGCAUCAAACCAGCAUCAGCCAGCCCCUCCUGAGAGCCAACAAAACAUUGAAUCUACAACCCAAAGCAAAGUGGAUUCCCUGACAGAGAAUGUUAUUACUGUUGCCAAGGACCCUCGAUAUGCAAGAUACCUGAAGAUGGUCCAAGUGGGUGUUCCUGUUAUGGCCAUAAGAAACAAAAUGAUUUCUGAGGGACUCGACCCAGACCUGUUGGAGACUCCAGAUGCCCCAGUUCCCGAUGGAGUUAAAGAAGAUGAAGGAGACAGCUCAGGCAGCGAAUCUUCAUUCAGUGAUUGAAAACAGACUUCAAUUCUCAAACAGACAUAUUUCAAUUCUCAUACUAGAGAUCAUGGAACACUGUCUGUAAUAUCGAGGGGCAUUGAUCUUUUUUUGAUGGUUAAACAAUGCAAAAGGAUUGUGUCAGUAUGAAGCUGCCUCCAUCACUGUAUGUGAACACACCACUCAGUCUUAAACCAAGUCUCUGCCACAAGUCUGUCGAUAGCUUGUAAGUUUUAUGACCAUUUGAAUGCCAAGCUGCACUUUUAUUUGUGCAUGAAGUUAUAAUCUCUUUUCUAUGUAUUUAGCUGUACUGUCAACGAUGUGGGUGAACAAAUUGGGAUUGUCAUCAAGGUGUUAAAUGCAAAUGAAUAUGAGAUAAUGUUAUUUCCAUAUUUUAUAUACCAGGCACCAUGUCGAAUUUGUUUGGCUUUAUCUUGGAAAAAUUAUGGAACGGAUUGUUCAUGUGCUGUUCUGUUCCCACAUAAAGAGAAGCUGUCCCCUAAUGAGUAAAACCUGGUCUGUGAAGAGUAGACUUGUGCAGAACUGAAGAAAUUGUAAAUGAUUACCUGUUAUGUUUACUGUUGACUUGGCUGAGUCACAAACAAGAACACUUCCCCCACACUGCUUCAUUGUAACUACUCCGCUGGUGUUAGGAGCCUGAUGCUUGGCUAUGUGCUGUUAGGUGAGAAUUAUCUGUCUUCACACCUCUGUUCCUCCCUGGUAGUCAUUGUCAUUUUCAGGCUGAGAGUCUGAAUUUGACAGGGUGUGUCAGAUGUUUACCUCCUGGUAUUGAUCCUGAGAGGUAACUCCAGCUGCAGCACUCCAUCCUCCCCAUGUGUUCGGAUUUAGUACCAUCCUUUAAAGCUGAUGCAAGGUCUGAUGGACAUUGCUCCUGCAGGGACUUGUGCUGAAGAGUGCAUAACCUUCGUCGAAACUGAGAAGCUAAUUUUAAGACAACAUCAUAACUCACAAUUGCUUCAAAAUUUAUAGACCUGUUAAUAUUGAAUAAUUAUUGAGCAGUAACAUUUUCAAAUCUUAGUUCUUCUUUGUUCUUGGACACAAGCAGCAUUGAGAAGCUCAGUAUUUUAUCAUCCCAUCCAAGGUAUACUAUCCUGAGCAGCCCUGAAUUUCCCAGGGGAACCUCCUGUUUGUUAAACACUGAAACAUUCAUGAACCUCGUCAUUGCAGACACUGAGUCCAGACCAUUUAACCUUCAGGUGAAAAGGUGGGUCAAAGUCUAAAAAUAAUUCAGUGCCUACCUUAGGGGCUGGCAUUCUGCCCUCAACACUAAUAAUGGGAAAUGCAACAUCAAUUUUCAUAUUGUAAUCACACCACCUAGUCCAUGAUGGCACUACAGCGAUAUAAUGGAGUAAAUCUACCCAUGGCAAGCGCAGGGCAGCAAGUUGUACUUGAAGGGAGUAAGAGUUGGAUAAUAGUGCAUUGUCUGUAAUCCUACCUUCAAAGCCCAUGCUAUUAAUGUAUAGCACGUAGCUGGGGUGUCAGACCUUUUCCAGUUCCAUCACCAAUUGAGCUACGUUUCUUGUCAAAUAUAUUAGUAACGAAGAGAAAGGACUGACAUUUAUAUAGUACAUUUCCCACCCUCAGGAUAUUGAAAGCAUUUUACUGCUUAUAUAUUUUAGCCUUCCAUAAAUUUAUCUUUCCAAUGCAAUUUCAAGUAUUGAGUUAUUUUAUUCACCGAAUCAAGUACCAGUUGAAUAUUUGUUUGUUGUAAUUGUACUGCCGAUAGGUGAAAAAUUGGUUGAAUUGUGACAGCAGUAGCUUGGAGUGAGAGGCUGGAUCCCAGACUGGCCCAGGAGGUGACUCAAACAUUGCUAGAAUUUCUUUUUGCUGAGGCUCUUGUACCUGUCACAUGAACAUCAACAGCACAUGGUUUGAGCAAACCAACGAAUACACUUCCUAAGUAAUCCAGGAACCUUCCUAAUACAUGUAUGUUUUUCUGAAGAGCACAAACAUCCUAAAUUGCAACAGUGUCAACACUUUGAAAGUUCUUUAUUGGUUGUAAAGUGCAUUGGAAUGACCUGAGAUCAUGCAAGGCACUAUAUAAAUGCAAGUACACUUGCUCACUUGAAGCAGUCUCCUUGCAUUUUUCUGCACCCUUUUAUAUUCCUGCACAAAUUAAAUGCUGUGCACUAAGUUGCUCAAAAGAAUCUAAGUUGCACUGGAAUUGUCAACGUUGAUGACGUUACGAGAGCAACUGUGAUGUUGGGAUGGCUGAAAUGUUGAGCAAGCUUUCUAGCAUUAGUUGGAGUAUCUACCCUGUGCAACAGACAUCCUUGCAAAACUACUACAGUUUAACCAGGCAGCUCUGUGAUCCACAGCCACGAGUUCAGAUCAAUUUUGGAACCCCUGCAGGUAAACUAGGUUUCUCUUCAGCUUAAUAUGAUUUCACAUCACUUCAGUUAGAGUCGAAUAAGAAACCUAAAAAUGAUGUUUGUUUUGUCAAUGCUCAGGUCUGUAAUCUCCUAAACUUUUUCUUCAUUAAUAAUUCAGUAUUUGUUUUGUACUGCUGAAAAUGAAGUAAUAAUCGUGAUGUGCGCUGUAUCUCAAUAUGUCAAGCUCAGAUACUAAAACCUCUGAUCCUUAUUAUUCAUGUGCAUUGUGUAGUGAGUUGAAGUUUGUGCGCCAAAGGCGUCAGGAGGUUACAUCGUCUUGCAGUUCGAUACAUGAUUCCUUUAACGCAGUCAGCCUGCCUAUGUGGAUCUUCUGUAUUUGCUGUAUUGCUGUGCUGUUGUAGGUAUUAUUGCUCACCCAUUCCAUAAACUUUAUUUACAAAAUUGAUGAGGAAAGAAAUGUGCACAUGGAAAUAUCAUAGGUAUAUGGGAGGUUUGAUAACUGUCAUUUUGUCUUUGGGUCAAACCUCCUAGGAAUUGUGAUGCUCUUUGCUUUAGUUCUCGAAGUUAGAUAUACAAAAUUUAUAGUUUUUUUCAUUUGUGUCAUAGAUCUGUCACAAAGACCUAACUUCUAACUACUUUUCUUUCAAAAGAUCAAUACCCUG